AUGGAGCAUUUGCUGCAGCAGCAACAGGCGCAACAGACUUGCGCAGUCUGCCAGGUGAGCAGCAGGGAGAAGGAGCUGAAGAGGUGCGCGGCCUGCCAGGCCGUGUGGUACUGCGAUGCCGAGCAUCAAAAGCAGCACUGGAAAACCCACAAGGCCAUUUGCAAGCUCAUCCCUGAGGCGCAUCGGAAUGGCUUUGCGAAGAAGGUUCUGAAGGAGGGCAACAACGAGCGGUUCCCUAAGCGCGGCAACACGGUCAAGGUCCACUACACGGGCACUUUGUUGAACGACAAGCAAUUCGAUAGCUCGCGCGAGAAGGGCAGGCCUUUCGUGUUCGUGAUCGGCAAGAAGAACGUCAUCAAGGGCUGGGACGAGGGAGUGUUGACGAUGAGCGUAGGCGAGCGGUCGCUGUUUGUCAUCUCGCCCGAGUGGGCCUACGGAGAGAGCGGCAUUGAGCCAGUCGCUACUCUUGUGUUCGACGUGGAGCUCCUCGAAGUGUAA